GGGUUGACUUAUCAGACGAUAAGCUUGAAUGUUUACAAUAUUGGCUAUCUGUUAUUAAAAUUGAUGAUGCAAUUAGUACAAAUUACAAAAAAGCUAUUCAUUUAGCAAGAUAUUUAGAAAUGACUACUACACUAAAAGAUGCUUACUACUUUAAUAUUCAUAAAAAAUUUUCUACUUCACUUGAAGACUUUUGUGAUGGCAAUUCAGAUCUUGAAGCUUGUAAUAAUGAAGAAUUUAAUACAGAUAGUUUGUCUGUUUCUCAAAGCAUUAAUUAUGCAGUAUCUGAAAUGAAUAUAACUCAAGAAGA